AUGCAGGCCUACAAUGAGGAGUCCCAGAUGCCUAGGUCUUCAGAUUCCAAACCCGGGAUUGGUACUUUCUCAGCUUCCAAGAUCGCAAAGCUGGAGUUGUUGACUGCUAAGGAAUUGAACAGCGAGGGACAGAAUUUUGACUAUCCCUCAAACAUUUGGUCUGACGAAGAUAAUGACAAAGAAUUGGAGACCAUAGACAGAGAUAGGUCAGAGGAUGACGCCGCCACUGGCCGACCGUACUGGGAUAAUAAAAUUGAGUACCUCCUGGCCCAGGUGGGCUUCUCAGUGGGGCUGAGCUCCAUCUGGCGCUUUCCUUAUGAGUGUCUUCACGGCGGAGGUGGGAGUUUUCUCCUCAUCUACGUCCUUAUGCUGCUCUUCGUCGAGGUUCCUCUCCUCUUGCUGGAGAUGGCCGUCGGCCAGAGGAUGCGCCAGGGCAGCAUCGGCGUGUGGAAGACCAUCAGCCCCUGGAUCGGGGGUGUGGGGUGCACCAGCUUCAUGGCGUGCUGCAUCGUGGGCUUGUACUACAGUGCGCUCAUAGCGUGGAGUCUCUUCUACUUGUCUCAGUCUUUCCAGUCUCCGCUGCCUUGGGCCUUGUGCCCUUUCGAGAGCAACUCCAGUAAUUUCGAUCCCGAAUGUGCACGGACGAAGCCCACCACCUACUUCUGGUACCAGCAAGUCUUGAAGGCCACAGACAAAAUCGAGAUAGGUGGGCUGCCAGUCAUGCAUCUCGGUGUCUCUCUCUUUGUGACCUGGUUACUGAGCUGCAUCUCCAUGGUCAAAGGGCUCCAGUCCGCCAGGAAGGUGCGUGCCCUGUACUCUGUGGAAGUGUGGCGCCGCGCGGGGAACCAGCUCUUCCUGGCCACGGGCUCCGGCUUUGGCAGCUUCACCGCCAUCAGCUCCUACAUGCCCCGGUCCAACAACUGCGUCAUGGAUGCCUUCGCCGUGGCUCUUCUCAACCUGGUGACCUCAGUGAUGGUCACGGUGUUUGUAUUUGCCAUAAUGGGCCACUUGGCCACCCAGCUCAAUGAAGAGUGUUACCUGAAGAAUGCGGAGAGAGCGAUGAAUCUGGUAACUGCUGGGCUGCUGCCCCCCACGCUGCAGCUCCCGGACAGCGGGCGCCAUGAUGUGAGCUCCAGCUACCCCGCGUGGCUCAGCCGGCUCCCUGAACGAGUCAGAGGCGAGCUCCUGCCCCAUCUGUCCAAUUGUGACUUAUCUGAGCAACUGGAGCAGGUGAUAGCGGCUCCCCGUGUGGCCAUUGUGGCCUUUACCAACGUCGCCUCUGUGUUUUCUGGAUCCCCCUUGUGGGCCAUCAUCAUCUUCAUGUUCCUGGUGACCAUGGGGCUGAGCACCAUGAUAGGGAUCCUGCAGGGCAUCCUUACCCCUCUCCAGGACACUUCCUCUUCCCUUAGGAAACAUCCAGAGCUGCUCACAGUGGCCGUCUGUGUGCUCAUGUUCCUGGGCAGCCUCGGCUUCGCGACGCCCUCGGGCAGCUACUAUGUGAGCCUGCUGGACGAUUACUGGGCACCUCUGUCGCUCCUCUGCAUCCUCAUCUUGGAGAACGUGGCCAUGGCCUGGAUCUACGGGGCCAGGAGGUUCCUUGCAGACCUGAUUAUCAUAUUGGGCCGCCCCAUCUCCCCCAUCUAUCGCUGGCUGUGGUGCUUUGUGUCUCCCUUUGUGCUGCUGGUCCUGUUGGCAAGUACCCUCAUCCAUCUACACCUGACUCCCAUUGCCUACUUGGCCUGGAACUCCAGCACUUCCAGUGAAAUGCUCCGACGUUACCCAUCGUGGGCGAAAGUCUUGCUCUCAGUCCUCAUUGGCAUUACCCUCCUGCCCGUCCCUGCCUGCUCCUUUUACACCCUCUUGGACAUGUGUUUCCUGGACUCCAGGAUGCACAGCCGGUCCACAAUUAUCUUUAAACCUGAAGCUGAAGAGGAGGCACCAAAGCACUGCCCACGGCUUCAUGUGGGGAAAAGCCCAAAGAAGAUGAAUAAAAAAACAUAA